AUGGGAGGCGUUCCAUCCAAGCCCGGUGGGCCCUCGAGGCCGCUCGAGGUCAUUGGAGCUGGAUUCUCACGAACAGGAACGAUGUCGAUGCAACUCGCCUUAGAGGAACUCCUCAAUGGCCCCUGCAUGGCGCUACUCACAUAUUGUUCCGCGAAGACGACAGAGCUGACGUGCCCUGCCUGGACCGCAGCCUUCGGGAGGAACUGGACUCGAGUCUACGAGGCGCGAGAGGCCGGAGAUAAACCUAGGACGCUAAAGCUGCUGCGCGAGCUGGUCGGCGGGUUCGCGGGCAUCACAGAUCUUCCCGGCAUCGACUUCGUCCCGGAGCUGCUCGAGCUGUACCCGGACGCCAAGGUGGUGCUCGUCACGCGCGACCCGGAAAGGUGGUGGGAGAGCUUCGGCAAAGUGCUGAACAUGGCUCAGCUGCGCUUCCUAUCCAUACUGGCAGCGCCGAUGCCUGGGCUGCGAUGGUUUCCCGGCACCGUGAUGCACUGGCACAAGGGUGCUUCGAAGCUCAUGGAGGAGAAGAAGGGCCGCGGGACACCUCUUGGACCAGAGCUCAUAGAGCUGCACAAUGAUAUGGUCAAGUCGGUUGUGCCACCUAAGCAACUGCUGGUGAUGGACAUGGGGGAAGGCUGGGAGCCACUCAGUCGGUUCCUGGGCAAGAAGACCCCCGAGAAGCCGUUCCCUCGCGUCAACGACGCCGAGGCUGCUGAGUCGGUCGCCAACGGCAUAAUGGCGAAGUGUCUACUCGCGUGGGCAGGAAUAUUCACAGCUGGAGGUAUAAGUGUCUACGCUGCAAGGUGUUUGAUAAAACGGUAG